GAUUCAAAGGAAGACGUAGCGGAAGACGAUACUCGUGGAAAGGGCUGGGCCAACUGUCGCUUGCACGCAAUAUUAAACUUGGCAGGCUAUUUUUGGGCUUGUUGGCGCCUGUGUAACCAUGGGGAACCCCUACCUGCUCCUCUACAAUGCGGCGCUUGUACUAGGAUGGGGCUACUGCCUGUACCUCACCAUAGACACGAUGCUGUUGAAGAAGGGCACCACCGCCGACCUGUGGCAGGUGGUUGAGCUGCCGUUAAAGGUGUCGCAGACGGCGGCGCUGCUGGAGGUGGUGCAUAGCGCCAUCGGGCUGGUGCGCUCACCGGUCAUGAUCACAGCCAUGCAGGUGGCCUCUCGCAUCUGGGUGCUGUGGGGCAUCAUCAACCCUGAGCCCGUGCUGGCCGCCGGCGGCGCCGUGCACCUGGCCCAGCCGCUGCCGGGCGUGUCGCUGCCGGGGGUGCCGGCCGAGGUGGGCGGCAUGCCGCUGGCCCUGAACCUGGCCACGCUGCUGACGGCCUGGUCCAUCACUGAGGUGGUGCGGUACAGCUUCUUUGCGGUCAAGGAGCUGGCCGGCACGGUGCCGUACCCGCUGCUGUGGCUGCGCUACAGCACCUUCCUGCCGCUGUACCCGCUGGGCGUGGCGAGCGAGCUGGCCAUGGUGCGGCUGGCGCUGCCGGCCAUCUGGGCGCGGCACCUGUGGAGCAUCGACCUGCCCAACUCCUUCAACUGGGCCUUCGACUACCCCAUCCUCUGCGGCCUCAUCGUGCUGUCGUACCUGCCGGGGCUGCCGCAGCUGUACCUGUACAUGCUGGCUCAGCGCAGCAAGGUGCUGUCGGGCGGCGCCAAGCCCAGCAGCAGCGCCGGCAAGGCGAAGCGCAGCUAGGCUGGAGCAUGGAGGCUAGCAGCCUAGGAUCAUGGCGAACAACGCGGUCCAGAGUUGUGUGGCUCAGCUGAAGACAGGCUGUGCUCAGAGUGAAGCGCGGGUGGGAAGGAGCAUGUUGUGGCCCUGUCAAGCAGGGAGUGUGUGUGCUUGUGGGGUGCGGGUUGAGGCGAUGUGGACAUUGCUCGUUGACAGCUGUGCACAGUCCCACCAAGGGCCCCCUGCCUGGUCUAGACCCCAGCUGUUUAACAGUGCGAUGGGCGUUGAUCUCGCGCGGGGGGCGCAACUGUGUGGGGCGGAUCAGAGGCAGGUGCGGCGUUGCCCCGUUGGCUGUGGAUUGCGUUGCGACCGACAGUUUCAGAACGACUAGUUGGGAUUUGGAAGGAGCAGGGCACUGCCGCAUUCCAAACAUUGAGGCCGUGAGACAAACAAACCGUGACGUCGUGUGUAACACGCAUGAUAC